AGUUGUAUUUCGAACUCUGUCUCUGGCCCGCGGCCAGGCGCCUUGGCUCGGCGGUCUGCCUGGCCUCCCUCCUCCUCAUACUUUUCCUCCUGCGCAGCCCCCUCCCCUUUAUCCGCCCACGAUUAGAGGUGGGCACUCCCCCCCGUCCCGCCACCCCCGCCGCAAGCACACACACACUCAUCCCCCUUGAAUCCUGGGGCAGGAACUCAGAAAACUUCCAGCCCGGGCAGCGCGCGCUUGGUGCAGGACGCAGAAGCUAGCGGCCAGUCUCUUCGACUCUUCGGUGCCGCCGCUGCCUGCUCCCGCCACCCGAGGAGGCGCGGUGCCACCCACUCCUCUGUCCCUUGCUUGCGCUGAGUGCCCGACUUGAGCUCCACCGCAUCUUCCCUUUCCCUCCCGACUGCCCAAGUCACUGUUUCUCUCUCUCUCUCUCUCUCUCUCUCUCUCUCUCUCUCUCUCUCUCGCAGGGGGAAAAGAGGAGGAGGAAUUCUUUCCCCGCCUAACAUUUCAAGGGACACAAUUCACUCCAAGUCUCUUCCCUUUCCAAGCCUCUGCCGAAGUGCUCCCAGUGCCCGCAACUCCUGAUCCCAAACCGAGAAAAGAGUCUCUCCAACUUCAAACCCUCUUUUCUUUUCCUCGGCUUCCCUCCUCCGCUCGCUACCUCCACCGCCAAAACCACCUCCACCUUCAGCACUCACCCACCACUGUCGCCGCCACCGGCAGCGCCUCCUUCUCUCCUCCUCCUCCCCUCUUCUCUCUUUGGCAGCCGCUGGACGUCCGGUGUUGAUGGUGGCAGCGGCGGCAGCCUAAGCAACAGCAGUCCUCGCAGCACUCCAGCUCUCGCUCUCCCUGCCUGCUUUUCCAGCCCUCUCACCCAGUCUCCCGAAAGGUGCUGGGCAGAUUUCGGGUGGCUGAGGCUAAGCGGCUGCAGCGGCGGUAGCGGCGGCGGUAGCGGUGAAGGCAGCGCUUGCGGCGGCGGCGGCUGCAGGAGGCAGGAUGAGCGCACGCGGUGAAGGCGCCGGGCAGCCGUCCACUUCAGCCCAGGGACAACCUGCCGUCCCGGCGCCUCAGAAGAGAGGACGCGGCCGACCCAGGAAGCAACAGCAAGAGCCAACCUGUGAGCCCUCACCUAAGAGACCCAGGGGAAGACCUAAAGGCAGCAAAAACAAGAGUCCCUCUAAAGCAGCUCAAAAGGACCUUCUACAUGCUAGAAAGCAGAAGCCACUGGAGAAAAACGGCCAAGAGGCAGACCCAGGAAAUGGUGGACGUUGUCUACAUACUGACCUUAAAGACAGUCGCAUCCAUGCAAGCUUGCUGGACCCCACAGGCACAUACAGGCUGUGA